AUGAAAUUACUAUUAUUAUUAGUGUGUAUUUUAAUUUUAAAUUUUGAUGCAUUCAUAAACUGUCAAAAUUUAUAUGCAAAUUUUAUACCAUAUCAGAGUAAUGGGUGUACCAACGAAAUUGAAGGCAUCGGAUUUUCAUUUGUAGCUACCACAGAUGAGUGUUACAGCAAAGUUGGGAGAUCAUUAAACGAUGUUUUUAAUAGCAAUAGCGAAGACGACUUUUCAAGCACUGAGAGCAGCAGUAGUGACAGUAUCGAGUCAUCAUGGUUUAUAGUUAUUGAUGCAUUACGUGUAGGAGUUGCCGAAUAUGAUAACGAUAAUUCAACAUGCACUGGUAAUUUUGUAAAUGCAACCUCAAUUAAAAACGGAACAUGUUUAUCAACACCAAACUUUAUUCCAUUCAUCGGACUAAUUAAUAAUCAAAAUACCUUAACUCAACAAUUUUCGUUAGUUACCAUCUCAAAAGAACCAUACUAUCCAGAUAAUGUUCAAGUUUAUUCAAUUUUUGAUAACCAGAGUUCAGACUGUGACCUCCAAAACUUAUCAUAUUCAGUUUAUUUUUCAACAAAUUUAAAUAUAUCACUUAAAAAUAAUAAUAAUAAUCAAUUUUUCCAAACUCAAUGUAAAAAUGGAAUUGCAACAAAUAAUUUAUGUAACUCUUCAUCAAAUUGUAAUCAAAUAGUUAUACCUGACGCAUGUGAUUUUAAUAAUGACUAUGGCUUUGACCAAAUUUAUUGUACCUCUCAAUAA